CAUCCGUAACCCGCCUCCAUGGCAGAGGAAGGCAUUGCUGCUGGAGGUGUGAUGGACGUGAACACUGCUCUGCAAGAGGGGCUGAAGAGCGCCCGCAUCCACGACGGCCCAGCACGUGGAAUCCGUGAGGCCGCCAAAGCCUUAGACAAACGCCAAACCCAUCUCUGUGUGCUUGCAUCCAAUUGUGAUGAGCCCAUGUAUGUCAAGCUGGUGGAGGCCCUUUGUGCUGAGCACCAAAUCAACCUAACUAAGGUUGAUGACAACAAGAAACUAGGGGAAUGGGUAGGCCUCUGCAAAAUUGAUCGUGAGGGGAAACCCCGCAAGGCGGUUGGCUGCAGCUGUGUGGUUGUCAAGGACUACGGCAAGGAAUCUCAGGCCAAGGAUGUCAUCGAAGAGUACUUCAAAUGCAAGAAAUGAACAAAUAAAAAUAUGGCUCAUUUUCUUCA